ACAGCUGACGUGCCCUGACACAAAAAUUGAAAAAAGCCGGCUAAAAAGUUAUUUUUAAUUGUUCUUAACAAUAUAAAUAAAUUAAACAAAUUAAAAUAGUUUUAAAUAAAAUAAUUAAAACACAAUGCAGACAUAUAUAUGGCCUAUAUUAUUGCCAUUAUUAUUUCUGGCCUAUUCAUUGCCUCUCUUUCUACGAGUCUAUGCCACCACUCAAAUGGUCAUAGAUGAGGAGUUUCAUUUGAGACAAGGACUACAUUUUUGUAAUAAAAGAUUCGAAGUGUGGGAUUCUAAAAUCACCACCUUCCCUGGUCUGUACUUAUUCUCCUUGGUAUUAAAUCCUUUGGAUUUUUGUUCGGUAUUGGGUUUAAGAUUGAUUUCUUUGGCCGCUGCCGCAUUAAAUGUUGUUUUACUAUAUAAAAUCAGACGCCGUAAUUUGGAUAAUAUACAGUCGUCGUUAGCCGCCCUAGAUGCUUUCACCAUAGCCGCUCUACCUCCCUUAUAUUUCUUUUCACAUCUUUACUACACCGACACAUUGUCCCUGACUGCUGUCUUAAUGUUUUAUAUGUACUGGCAAAAGGAACAGCAUUUACAGGCCUCCGUUUAUGCUGCCGCUAGUGUACUUAUGCGCCAGACUAAUGUUGUUUGGCUAGGCAUGGCCUUUGGCACCACCGCUUUGGAUGUUUUAACCAAAAAUUAUGCAGAAUUUAAACGUAUCAAGGCACAGGAGGUUAAUCUAUAUAAACCUAAGGUCCUACUGGAAAUUGUCAGUAAUUUUAAACUUCUACUGAAGUGCAUUUGGCAUAUUCUGAAGAAAUGCUCUUUCUAUAUGAUUAUAAUACUGCCCUUCAUAGGUUUUGUUUAUCUCAAUGGUUCCAUAGUAUUAGGAGAUAAAAGGGCUCAUGAAGCUACCAUUCAUGUACCACAGUUAUUUUACUUCUCGCUAUUCUGCCUAAUAUUUGCGGUCUCCAAUAUCAUCUGCCAAUUACGUUCCACUCUACAAUGGCUGUUAAAAGAAAAACUUGUAUUCAUCUUUUUUACCGGCGUCUUUAUGCUUAUAGUCAAAUGGAAUACUUUAGUUCAUCCCUAUCUAUUGGCCGAUAAUCGUCAUUAUAUUUUCUAUAUAUGGCAUCGUUUUUAUCAACGUUAUUCGUGGUUCCGUUAUGCCAUGUGUCCCGUUUAUGUUUUAGCCUUAAUGUUUCUACAACAGGGCAUUAAGCAUUUACGUUUUUCAUUUAAAUUAAUGUUUUGGUUGGCCCUAUUUUUGGUUUUAUGCUUUCAACGUUUAUUGGAGAUACGUUAUUUUCUAAUACCUUUUGUUUUAUUCCGUUUAAAUACGCGUCCAAAUCCUAAAAAUCGUUUUGCUCAAUGGUUGGAACUAGGUUUCUAUGUGGUUCUAAAUGCCUUGACAUUUUAUAUAUUCUUUACCAAGGAAAUUAAAUGGAAAGAUUUUAAGGAACCCCAGAGGAUUAUAUGGUAAAGGUGGAUAAUAAUGGUAAUAGAAUGUUUAUGUUUUUUUACUCUAUAAAAGACUUAAUAUGCAUUAUUUAAUAAUAAAUAUAUUUAUGUCAUUACAGAAUUAAAAAGAAAAAGCUGUGAGUUGACAUUUUUUGCUUGUAGAAA